GCACUACAUACACUAGCGUGACGUUAACAUCAAUCUCCCUUUUUUCAAUUUUUAAUAUUUGGUUGAUAUUUUCUUAAGCCCAUAUUAAUAAUGGGCAUUUGAUGAAUUUUAAUUACACAAUGGGCUCAAGUUCUCAUUGAUAAAAUGAGCAAUUCACUUGAACGUGAUCCAAAGAAACGUCGCGUGAAGCCAGUGGAGUCAGCUCAGCAGUCUCUUCUUGAUUUUGACUUGGGGGAGAGUUCAGAUGAUAGUGAUUUCAGGAUUGAGGAUCACUGUGAGGAGUCUGAUGAUGAUUCUGUGGAUUCAAAUGAUCCGGCCAAGGAUGAAGAGGAACCAGACUCAGACGAUUCAUCGAAUUCUCUAACGGAGCCGUUGAUCUCGACAAAACCGAAAUCGGCAACGCUGGGUGACGUGAUAGAACAGGCUCGCCACCAGUCAGAAAAAUCUCUUCAGCUCGAUGACAAGCUCGCAAAGAUGCUCAUCUGUUGCGGAUGCCUAGGCGACAGAAGCGACGACAUAAACGAAAUAGUGGAGUGCGAUGGUUGCGGAGUAACUGUCCAUGAGGGUUGCUACGGUGUUUCAGAUGUGGAGAGCUUCUCAAGCACGGACUCGUUGAGACAGUCGGCGCCCUGGUUUUGCGAGGCGUGUUCAGCGGGUGUUGAGGAUCCCUCCUGCGAGCUGUGUCCCAACAAGGGAGGCAUUUUUAAGGAGACUGAUGUAGGAAAGUGGGUGCACCUUGUGUGCGCACUGUAUGUUCCAGGUGUGGCCUUUGGGGAGGUUGAUCGUCUCUCCAGUGUCACUCUCUUCGAGAUGGCUUACAGUAAGUGGGGAUCGAAAACGUGCUCUCUCUGCGAGGACUCUCGUUACGCUAGGACUGGUGUGUGUAUCGAGUGUGACGCUGGCAUGUGCCACACUUACUUUCACGUAACGUGCGCUCAACGAGAGGGACUCCUCUCAGAAGCACACAGCGAGGAAGUUGAUCAGGCUGAUCCAUUCUACGCUCACUGUAAACUUCACUCGGACAAGAGCCUAGUUCGUAGGAGGAGGAGAAAUUGGCUUGCACUGAGGUUAAGGUCUGAUUACAGACAGCAGCUACUAAAACAGGCUGAUCAUCUCGAUACCGAGGAGCAGAGGAGGAUCCAGAGGAAGCUCGCAAAGCAUCGUCAUAGGUAUCUCGCUAAUAAGGCGGGCAAACCCUCGCCCUGGGUGCCCACUCAAAAAAUGCCAAGGUUGCUGACAACAUCAGCCUCAGCUUAUCGUCAACUAGCCAAGAAGGCUGGGCUCAUGGGCAUUGACACUGCGGCUCUUGAGGCCCAGGAGGCACAGCUUGUCGCUCUAGUGGACGUCAGAAAGAAAUGGCACAUACCACCGGCCUUCAGUGUUGAAUUUAUUGGUUAUUAUCUCGAUCGUAAUAUCCGCGUCACCACCAUGAAGAGAAAACUUCAGCAGUUGCUGGAUAUUAAUUCACAGCUGCUGAAUGAGCAACAGAGGCUUGAUAGAAAGUACGACGAGGUGAUGAAAGAUAAUGAAGAACAGAUUAGGGUCAAUGUUACACUCAAAGAGAAAAUUGAGCUUUAUCACCAGAUGCUGAGGGCUAGUGGUUACGUUAAGCCUUUGCCACUCAUUGGAGAUAUUGUUAAACCCAGGAUUCCACCUACUUUAGGUGCUGGACUCGGGGUUCCAACAGCUGCAGCUUUAAAAAUGGGAGUGGGUUUCCCUUUGCCGGUGACUAAGGGCACUGAAGGGGCUCGGGAGGGUCGAGUUCUUAGCAGUCAGGCCCAGGAGCAGCACAUUCAAAAACCUGAACUGACACUACGUCAUCAGUGUGGAAUAUGCAGGAGAUCUACUAAUCAACAUCUUCUCGCUAAGUGUGAUACGUGCCAUCUGCAUUAUCAUCUGUCCUGCCUUAGUCCACCGCUGUCACGAAUGCCCAAGAAGACGAAACUCAUGGGGUGGCAAUGCUCAGAAUGUGAUAAAGAAUCUUCGGGAUCCGACGUUGAGCGGGUGGACACAUCAGCUCCUCGUAAACUUCGACACUGCAAAGACGAGGCAAAUGUCGUCUCAACUUCACCACGAGAGAUUCAAAUGUCAUCGAUUCCCUCCACAUCGGCUACUUCCACUAUUCAUUCUAGCUCAAGUGUUAAUUCUACGCCAAUGGACACACCUCCCCCCAAAGUAACCAUUAAACCGAUGAUACCACAGGCCCUUGUCUCUGAGCCCAUGCAAAUUGACCAAUCACCUUAUGUGUCUCUACCAAUUCCUGACAAUGUUCGGAUAGCUCCGAGGGAAGGUUCUCCCCAGUACAUGGUAGCUUGUGCAGACGGCACUGAGGCGCCCGUUUCUCAAAGAAGCGGCAAGAAGAGGAGGAGGGAGAAGCACAAACGAUAUACUCCAGAUCCAAUUACUGGGAUCAAACAGCGAAAACGUAAACACAAAAGGAAGAGCGUUGACAUCGAGAAUCCUGACAAUCAGGGACAACCCGAGAUCCAUCGCAGAAUCACCAUUAAGAUAAAGCCUAUUCCACGCCCGGACGGUGAAAAAUUCUCUGAGUCAAGCCCCCAGAUGUUUGUUGCUACGUCCACAAGCACUGAAAUGGACCCUCCAUCCAUUCAUGUUUUCCCAACUCGAGCUGCAUUAUCACCAGGAGUAGUAUCACCAUCGUCACCGACAUUACCAUUACCAUUGCCAGCAGCAGCAGCAGCAGCAGCAGCAGCAGCAGCAGCAGCAGCAGCAGCAGCAGCAGCGGUAGCAGCAGCGGCAGCAUCAUCACCACCACCACCCCCACCACCACCACCACCAUCAUCAUCAUCAUCAUCAUCACCACCACCACCACCACCAUUACCACCACCACCACCUUCACCACCACCGCCGCCACCUCCUCAUCCACAGUUACUUAAUACUCUACCCCAAUCAUCCCCAAUGAUAGCUUCACCGAUGCAACCAAUUAGUUCUAUUGUUAUCGCUGGUCAUGGUUCGAGAACAUCAAGUGGUAAAAAGGCCAAGGAUAUGGACCUCACUCAGUGCAAUGUCUGCGACUUGCCUGGCAGCUCGCUGAAUCUUGUCAUGUGCGAUGAAUGCAAAAAGUGUUAUCAUUUCACCUGCCUCGAUCCGCCAGUUAAAAAAUCACCGAAGCGACGAGGAUACUCUUGGCACUGCGCGGAUUGUGAUCCUAGUGCCUCUGAAACUGAGAAUUAAUUUCCAUCACUUUUAACUCCCAGCGACGAAGAUACGGAUGGUGAAGGAAUUACAUUUUUUAAAUAUCAACUAUAUUAUUAUUGAAAAUGAAUACACUAAUAAUAAUAAUCAUCGUAAUAUAGGUACUUGAAGUAGAUAUAUAAAAACAUCCCAUGUCCAUAAACUUGGUUUUGUAUUUAAUCCGGAAUUUCCAAUUUUUUGUGAACAAAAUAACGAUAUAUGUAUCAAAACACUCUGUACUAUCAUUCCUUGGAUUUUCUUUU